AUGUUUUCGGUGCUUCCCAAUACAGAGCAAGUGAUCCUCGCUACCAUGGGUAAUGAUAUCGGCAAGCUCAUGGGGCCGCGAAUUGUCAGCUUUUUCCCUGAACAAGCACCUAGAUGCGAAGAUGACUAUCGCAGAAUCGAGGCAACGAUAUACAUCGGAUCUCAUAUGCCUAGACCCGGACCAUAUCAAGUGUUCGAGCGACUUCACCGCACUCGCUUCCAGGACAGGAACCAUCGGUCGAGGCGAAUGUCUGUCACAAAGGACACCUUCUUGACACACAACAUGGUCUUCCCAAAGGCCGUGCCCUCGCAGUUUGGAUCUCUUCAUGGAUAUAACCUCAUCAGUCUUGGCCUCCGUCUGGUUGCGUCAACUUUUGAUUAUGGCGAAGUUAUUCCACACAUCCAGUUGACAGAAUAUGCUUGGCGACCUUUGAGCCUCAGGGCAUUUCCUCAACUUGAAGAGUUUACUAUGAUGUGUCUGCGACAUACCAGCCGCAGCCACCAAAGUCAUCUACCCUUUCUCAAUUCCUCAGCAAACAGACGAGGUGAGUACUAUGGUUUCCGCUACCACCAAGAUACCCACCGCGUGGAGUACACUCAGCUAAUUUGGUCCGACGUCUCAGAGCUUGCACUCGCUGGCGAAGACCCUGCAAAUGGGCUAUUUCCUUAUACAAUUGUCCGUUUGUGGAUUGUCGGACAACGCCAUGGUCGAUAUAGGAUGCCAACAGAGCUCGAAUGGACGCAUCUAGACCUUUAUUCGGACUUUGGGGAGCACCAUCUCAACAGAAUCAGAGACUUGUGGAUUCUGACUCGAAUGAGACUCGAGAACCCGAUUCGAGAUGAGACUUGUCAGAUAGUAGUCUGA